CCAUUGUCUGCCACUGGCUCUCACAUGGCAGCAGUACCGAGACGAGAUCUAUACAAAACUUUAAUUUAUCAUCCGAAAUCAUCUGAAUAAAGGUGGGAAAUUAAAAUCAUUUUUCACUGAUUUAUUCUUUUUUCCAAGUUUGACGAAGAGGCAGAGGUUAAGAUAUCAACAGAUGGCCUCAUUUGGUGUCGAAUUGAUUUGAUGACUUGACCAGAGUCUGGAAAUAUUAAAAUUAAAGAAAAAGCUUUCGAAAUCAGGCGUACUCAGAUCCAUUUACACAAGCAUCACACGGGUUGAAACCAACAUUCCACCUCACACAACCACCAUCCUCCAUAUUCUUCUCUGUUGAUGCUUUGGCAGUCUUCAAGGGAGACAAGUUAGAUAGAUCUGGGUUUUUCUUUAAGAAUGGCAAUUGACACUCUGCUCGAAUCUGAGGCCUAAAGUGUUACAAAGCUACUUACUUCUCAUCUGGGUGUUCAUGGUUCGACGAUUUGUGUGAGAAAGGGCCAAAAGUGUAUCCGAGAAUUACGAGGCAUUGUGUUUUUUUAAUCAUUUGGAGCUCCUCUAUUGAGAGAUAAUGAUGGCAGGCAACGGUCUUUUGUAUCCAAUUAUUGGUUUUGCUUCAUGUGUGGCUUUCCUUUACAUGUCUUUUGGUGACUUGGCUGCUGUUAAUUACCAUAAACAACCCGAGUUAGAUUUUGUGAGAAGGAAUGGGACUCAUUUUGUGGUUGAUGGUCGACCCUUAUACGUCAAUGGAUGGAACUCUUACUGGUUGAUGGGUUAUGCCGUGGAGGGACAUGGCAGACCAAAGGUUCGCGCAAUGCUGCAAGCAGGGGCACAGAUGGGUCUCACUGUUUGUAGAACUUGGGCCUUCAACGAUGGUGCCUACAAUGCCCUCCAGAUUUCCCCUGGUCGAUUCGACGAGCGAGUCUUCAAGGCCUUGGAUUAUGUCAUUGCAGAAGCAAGACGGCAUGGAAUCAGGCUGAUUCUAAGUUUAGUGAAUAACUUGCAAGCAUAUGGUGGGAAGACUCAAUAUGUCAAAUGGGCAUGGGAAGAGGGCAUUGCUCUAAGCUCUUCAAAUGACUCCUUCUUCUUUGAUCCAUCGAUCCGCAAGUAUUUCAAGCAUUAUGUCAAGACUGUGCUGACCAGAAAGAACACCCUAACAGGAAUUGAGUAUAGGAAUGAUCCUACCAUCUUUGGGUGGGAAUUGAUAAAUGAACCCCGGUGCAUGUCUGAUGCUUCAGGUGACACUCUUCAAGAGUGGAUAGAAGAAAUGUCAGCUUUUGUGAAAAGAAUUGACAAGCACCAUCUGUUAACAGUGGGUCUUGAAGGAUUCUAUGGUCCUACGAACGCCAAGAGGCUAUCUGUGAAUCCAGAGCAGUGGGCUUCUACGCUUGGGUCUGAUUUUAUUCGCAACUCGAAGAUACCAAACAUCGAUUUUGCCUCGGUGCAUGUCUACCCUGAUCAUUGGUUUCACAACCAGGAAUUUGAGGACAGACUGAAUUUUGUCUCGAAGUGGUUGCUUUCUCACAUUGAAGAUGGUGACAACGAACUCAAGAAGCCCAUCAUGUUUACUGAAUAUGGAUUGUCGAGCGAGAACAAGGACUUCCUACCAUCUCAACGAGACCGAUUUCACAAAACCAUUUUAGACAUCAUUUACAAAUCUGCCAGGCAAAACUGGUCUGGCGCAGGCUCUUUAGUUUGGCAGUUUUUUGCUGAAGGAAUGGAAGAGUCUCAUGAUAGUUUUGCCAUAAUCCCAUGGAAAGAUCCAUCAACAUUUCGAUUGACUGUCGAACAAUCUUGCAGGUUGGCUAGAAUCCUGGGAUUAAAUCAACAGAAAGUGGAUCUUAACGAUCUGUGCUCGCUGGCAAAGUGUUCUGAAAAGACAUGCCUGCAACUGAAAUAGAAGUUUUAACUGUUUUGGUGGGAGAUUGGUUGUGAGGCAGAGAUGUGUGUUUUAUGAAUCCUUAACACAUUCUUUGUAUGGCCACAAAAAAACUGAUACCAUGCUAGAUGAAUCAGAUAUAAGUAUACCGGCUGUACUGCACUGCAGCCAAUACUACAUUGAGUUAGACAUGAAGGGGAAAAAGAGUUCAGUAUCAGAUUGCAGAUUCUGAUAGCUUGUAAUCACUGGUAUCAUGAAAGGAUUGGAGAAGCUAUUGGGUCGAGAGAAAACUCCCAAGCUUUGAUAAUUGUCUUACCAUGUUUCAAGUUUGAAGUUACUCUUAUUUACCUAUUUAUUUGAACAAUAAUAUAUACAAAGUGUUGUUGAUGGA